AUGGCUAGAGGCAAGGCCAACGAUGUGAAUGCUGCCCGGACGUCGUUUGCGGCCGCUGGAAAAGAUUAUGGCAACAACUCUGGAUCAAGAUCUUACCGGAAGUUUUCUAGCUUUGAUACGCAGGAGCCACUAGCAACUCAAUUCUCAGCAAGGCCUCCUUCGAGAGAGUCCAUAGCAUCUCAAGAUGGCGACGUAGGGGGCUAUACAGCCGCCUCAUCCGAGUCACAAGAGGACCUGGCAACUCAAUUUCAUCCGCUAAAUACCCGCCAGAACAGUUUCAAACCAGCCCCUACUGAAACUAUCAUGUCGAAACAUGCGUAUAAUAAGUCUAUGCUUCUAGGGCUCCUUGACAGAGGUAGUCGACAGAAACCCUUACCAGAGCAGCACUCACAACGAUCAGUGGUCGAAUCCUCGUCUAGACGCAUCAGACAAAACCCCACUACAGGUUCAGUUGCAUCCGCCACGCUGAAUAAUGUGCGGGAUGGGAGAUCACCUUUCAAAGAUAGUAUCCAUGGCAGUCGACCUAAACCUUCACCAAAGCAACAAUCACAACGCUCAGCAAGCGAAUCGUCCUCUCGACGCACAAAGCAAACACCUACUCCAGACAUAGGCGCAUCUACUACGUCGAAUAAUAGGCGAGAUGGACGACCGCCUUCAGAAAAAGUCAUCAAUGGUUUUCGACAGAAAUCAUUGCCUGAGCGGCGUCCAUCAUCCCCUAAUUCCACAACUAGCUCAAAUUCGGGCACGAAUGACGUUAUGAUACCAGGUGAAUCAAAAAAUGCUACAAGUUCCUCUCAAAGCCAAAGAAGGUCGAUCAGUGAGACACGCUCCUCUCCGAGGUUCAAUAAGUCUUCUGAACAAAGGGUUGAAAGAACGGACAUGAAUUUAGAAAACGAAGUCACCAGCUUUCAGGUUCAACUUCCAUCAUCUUCAGAGAACACAGCACCUAUGACAGAGAACAGCCGUAAAUCACUCGAUCCUCCAGAGAAACAUUCAAAUGUGACCCGUACGCGGCUUACUGAACCAGCUCGAAAAGAGAAAAGCUCCCACCGUGAUCCAUGGUCUGGUAUGAAAACGCUACGUCGAAGGGAUGUCGUUAUUCCUGCAGAGCAGGAAGAGCUUCUUGAACGCAAGGAUUGCUGGAUCCCUCCGGAUAUAGGUCAGCCUUAUCCACAAGGACAUGUGCCCCCGACCUUACUCCGGGAAUGGAAUACGAAAAUGACCCGACUGUUUGCCAACGCUAGGAAGUCGCAUGCUUCUAGUCAGAAAGCUGAGCCAUCGCGUGAGCAAGAAGAUGAACAACCAUCUUCGUCAAAAUCUAUACCAGAUGAGAGUGAAUCGGAAUCGGAAGCUGAAGUCCCAUGGUCUCCAAGCCCUCCACGAGAUUUGCCAAAAUCCGUAGCGCCGCCAGAUAGUCCGACUCGACAGGAUCAUGACCGAGAACUAGCAGAUAUUACUGAAAAGGAUAUCAAUGGGAUUGCGGACCCUAUGGAUGGAGUAGACCUUGAGACUCAGACGCCCCUAUCAGGGUCUCAGGUUGAUCAAAGUAACGAAUCUACCCACCGCGCCGAUAUCUCUGUUGAUGAUAAUCAAGGGCACAACUCAAAUUUGUCCUUAGAACCUCGUUCUACCGUCCAGUCGCCGUCUGUAGCUUCUCAAAACGAAGCUGUUGAACCGAGUGAUGACUCCGACAUGGAGACGGCUAUUCCUCAGGCUUUACUUGUGAGGUCUCAAGAUAUUGCCAGCCAAAUAGAGUUCUCGGAACCCCCAGCUCCAAGUUCAUCUAUUGCCAAUUCCGCUCCUGCUGGUCAAGUUCAAAUACUGGACACACCAGCAGCUGUUUUGAGGCGUGCGGCUGCUAAAAGAGCGGAGAAUGCGCUCACUCACUCGCAAGAUUGGCCAGCUCAGCAAAGCUCCUCUGAAAGCAAUAAAUCAUCAUUGCAACCAAUGGCCAGCUCCCUUCAUAACACCGAAGGCUCGUCCGGCCAAGAACAUCAAUCUCAAGAUGCCCAAAGACCUCUUGUUGGCGAUUCGCAGAUUACAAAUGGUGAUCUACAAGGCUCUAGCCUUUCGUCUCACCAGGACAGUCAACGUCUACUUGAAUACAUUCCAGAGAGCUCGUUUCGGUCACCCGGCCCGCAUACACAAGUACGUUCGCAGCAUCACGAGCAUAAAGAAAGGGCUGAGAUUGACCCCAGUCCGUCGAAGACAAUGGAGAACAGAAAUGAUCUUAAGCGGAAAGCAGCAGAACCCGUUGACCAGGUCACUGAGGAAAGUCCUUCCAAACGGGCUAGAAAGCUCCCCAAUAGGACUAUUGAUGCCAGCAAUAUACAAAACACGGUUGACGUGUAUCACGACACGUCUAAUCAAGGCAUUCACGAGUAUGUGUCUCUGAACAAGGAUGCUUUGAGGGUCUACGACAUGUUCAAAAGGUCAUAUCCCAGAUAUGCGGGUAAUUUUGACCAUUUCCAGGUCCUGUGCUUCGAUCUAGAGUCAUUACACCGCCGCGGACUAUUGGAAAGGCCUUUGUUUUGGGAUGACUUCAUAAUGAGACAUUGGGUCGACUACGGAACGCAUGUGCAAAAAUGCAUUUCCUCCGGCGAGGAUUACGAGAGCUAUGAAGACUUCUUUUGCCGACAUUUCACCAGGCCUUUCUGCCGAAAACGCAAUCUUACGCCUCGUACACUCAACAUCGUCGUCUCAUCUUGGCUCGGCUCUCCUUUACCAAAGUCUGUAACCGUUGAGAAAGGGAUGCAAACUAUCGACGACAGUCCAGUGAGUGCCUCCGUCACCCGUCAUCCAACGUUGGUUGCAGAACAGGUAUCCAAUUCCACGUUGGAGAAACCAAACACACAAUUAGCCACGUCUGAUGUCAUCGUAGAAGCCGACCGUCCGCACCAAGCGAAUAUUGGCGUUAAGUUGAGUGCAUCUCCAAAGAAGCGCUCAAUUGUAGUUGGCGGCGGCAUACAAGUUGACCUCCAACCACCUACUCCUUCCCACGAACUUGAUGGAGAACCAGAACAUAUGCGAGAUGAAGGCAGGGCGGUAGCAGAAACGCCGCCUCAUGCUGCCAUCGUCGAUGAUGAUAUAGACCACGAGAUGAGAGAAAGUAGUCCAGAAGAUUCCACUUCCGAGUACCACGACACAGCUAGUGUCGAACUCGGACUCGAAACGAUGGAAGAAGUUCUCAUUUCUCAUCAAGACGAUGAGCAUGAAAACAAUCCCAAUACCGCUGAAGCAAGAUUCGAACAGAUAUCAAGAAUGCGCCGAGACGACGUUCAAGCCAUUCAAGCACUUUUCACAACAGACAUCCCGCUUUCCCCCGAAGAAGAAGAUGCGAAUACACCACUCAAGACGUGGAUUCGUGACGAUUACAACAUCGUAUCCGAGCGGCGGCGACGAGGCGGCUACGAAGUUCCUCUUGAUAAGAAUGGGAACAUCGUCAUUGAGGAGUUUCCAAGGGUGAUAGAUGAUGGAAACGAAGAGAGAGUAUUACCGCCAUCUAGAAGGUGGCUUUGGCCUCGUCAAAGCAGGAAUAUUACUUGA